AAUUUGAGGCAUGCGCACUUCUGCUUAAUGGCGGCGACUAUAAAAUCGGUAACAUACGUAAACAAAGCAAAAAUUUUAAGGAUGCUGUGAUGUAGAAAAAGUAUUUGUAUGUUUAAUUGAAGAGGAAUCACAAUUUCAGAAUUGAAUUAUGGAGAAUUAUCAUGUAUUAGAAAUCAUUGGUGAAGGGUCCUUUGGAAAGGUAUACAGGGGGCGUAAAAAGUAUUCUUCACAGGUUGUGGCAUUGAAGUUUAUUCCAAAAGUUGGGAAACCAGAAAAAGAACUAAGAAAUCUUAGACGGGAAAUAGACAUUAUGAGGAAUUUGCACCAUGACAACAUUAUUGAAAUGUUGGAUAGUUUUGAAACUGGGAAAGAGGUUGUUGUGGUGACUGAUUAUGCAGAAGGUGAAUUAUUCCAAAUUCUGGAGGAUGACGGCAGUCUGCCAGAGGAGCAGGUCCAGCUGAUCGCGUGUCAGCUGGUGUCUGCUCUGUACUACCUCCACUCCCAUCGGAUCCUCCACAGAGACAUGAAACCACAGAACAUCCUACUCGGGAAGUCCGGCAUCGUCAAACUCUGUGACUUCGGGUUUGCAAGGGCCAUGAGUUUUAACACUCUGGUACUUACCUCCAUCAAGGGUACACCUUUAUACAUGUCUCCAGAACUAGUUGAAGAGAAACCAUAUGAUCACACUGCAGAUUUAUGGGCCCUUGGCUGUAUUCUGUAUGAACUGUUCACUGGCACCCCUCCCUUCUACACCAACAGUAUCUUCCAGCUGGUCAGUCUGAUCAUCAAGGACCCGGUCAAGUGGCCCAAGAACAUGAGUUCAGUGUUCAAGGACUUUCUUCAGGGUCUGCUGACAAAGAAUCCACGAUCUCGACUGGCCUGGCCUGAUCUUCUACAUCACCCUUUUGUAGCAGAUGGUGUCAAUGUGAGAGAAGAGGACACAAACUUACAGAGCCCCUUUACACAACCCUUGACUGCCUCCAUGGUGAUUCUUAAAGAGAAGCAAUCCAAAGAAAAGGCCCAUCCUCCAGGUACCUCGAAAAUCCUAGCAAAGGCUCGCAAGAAAGCCAUGGAAGAGGAGAAAGGGAAAGACAAAGAGGAAGCACCAAGUGCAGAAAAAGCAACCACAAGUAAAGAAGCUUGGGGCCCCAGCAAAAAGAAUGAGGUCAAAUUGGACAUCAAGCAGCAACAGAAAGAGGUGGAAGCUAACCAGCAGGGCGGCGGGGAGCCCUGGGAUGAUACAGGGCUUAGCAAGAUGACAGAAGUGAGAGAGGAGACUGUGAGCCCGACCCCUCGCCCUGACAGAAUCAGUAAGGACUAUGAGAAGGAGUACCCCAGUAUUGAGAUUGAGGGGCGGAGGACGGUGAGGAAGAGUUCCAGUAAAGAGAAGAGGAAUAAAUCUCACGUCGACAACGUCAAGCUAGAAACAGAAGAAGUGGACAGUGAUGAUGAGUGGCAGGGACUGAUUGAACAGACAGACCAGGAGGGGGAUCCAGAUGUGGCCCUGAAACUCCUACAGGACGUCAAGUUCCAGAACAAGCUGAAGUCUCGGAUCCAGACCAGCUCAGCUCAGGUGCUGGACGGAAUGCUGGAGGGGGCAGCCAGGUUAAAAACCGUGCUUCGGGUCAUCACUAACCUAGUAACACUGAAAUGUGAAAUAAAAUGGAUUCUGGACUUUGUAAAAGCACUCUCUUUACCCAAGCAUCCACUCAAUAUGAUUGCUGAAAUUCUAGACAAGAAUAAAGUUAAGCAGCAACCCUGGUGCCAGCAGAUUCUGAUAGACCUUGUUAUUACCCUGAAUGCCUACUUUGCCAGUGAAAUCAGCUGGAAUGAUGACAUAGAUAAAGAUAUUGUUAAGGAGUAUUAUGAUGCCAUGGUACAGUUUAUGUCCUUGGUGCCACAGCUCUUAUUCCAACCAAAGGAUGAAGACCUCAGAUUGAGAGAACAGGCAGUACUGUGUGCGAUGUACACCUGUGAAGCCAUGGAGAGAAACAAGCUUCAGUUAGCUAACCAGUACUUCACUCACCUGGCCACUAAACAGACAAACACACUGGACUGUAUCCUCAGCUGUACCAUGGGAGAUCCUAAUGUCCUCAAAACACUCACUGACCUGGCUGAGGGUAAUGGUGAGGUAGCGGCUGACAGGAUGGAGGCUCUGAUACAGUUAGCUGUCACUACAAUAGCGGCCAUGGUCAAUCUACCUCUGUCUGUGGAUGAGGCCGCUGACGGCAGGAGAAAGAUUGCCCUGUAUGUUGGAGACAAACUGGCUCACCAUGGCUCAGAACAGCUUGCUGAUGAGUUCAUAAUAUUACUGAGACAUCCAGCUCACUGCUCAAAUGUUCUCAAGGUUGUGUAUGCCUGCUGCCAGGUGUCCCAGACUUUCAGUGCGUAUAUCUCCAACUCUACUAAACACAUGGAGUCCUUACUCGGCAUACUCAUGGGGAAGGUGGAAAUACAAGACAUGGAGAUUAACUCUGUGAUAGAGACGGUGAUACAUGUGUUCAGUACCAUCAUAAUACAGCUACAAACCUUGUCACCAGCACUUUCUGAUGCAGCUGGUCUGAUGAUUUCUAUCUUUCUGGAGUCUACCAUUGCCAGUCACACAGCGGCGGCGGCCUUGUUGUUCAGUCAGAUGAUCUAUUGUGGGAUGACUGUAGAAGUACAACCAGAGGAGAUGUUACAGGCUUGUCUAGCAGUGUUCACGGAUCUACAACAGAUUUGUGUAAGAUGUCCAUUUGACUAUGGGGUGUUGGAUGGACUCUUGUUACUUCUUUGUGAAAUGUUGGCCCAGUCAGAAGGCCCGGUUGCCCAGCUAUAUAUAGAAACAGGAAUCUGGGGGACCCUGUGGCACAGGGUGGCCCAGGCUCUACAGGUCACUAACCCCGACACAGACGCCCCCAUACAUGACAUCGAGAUGGAGUGUGACGAACAGCAGGGGUUCCACGCCCCCGAUUGGACCCUCGUAUCCCCUCAGGGCCUCAUGGCUGUUUUACAGUUAGCAGUCACUGUUUUCACCAAGGAGACUAACCAGUGUAUCCCUAACUUAGCUGUACCUGACAGUAUCAUUCUACUCACUAUUGUACAUCUUAUGCAUAAAGAAUUCCUGAGUUGUAUGUACAAGGGGUUCAGUAGUGACGGACCACAGUUAACUGUUGAUAUGAUCCUAGAAGUCACUCAGCUCUGUUGUUUUCCAUUCGCUGUUGACAUUGCUGAGGAUCUCCUUCUUGAAGUACAACAAUGUCUGUAUGAGACCUCUGUAUUGCCUCGUAUUUUCUAUGCCUGCACUAAGUACCUUCAGUUAGAUCAGCUGGAGACUGCUAUAGGCCUGCUGGCUAGGCUGGUACUAGGAAACCAGAUGUUUGUUGAACAGUUCGCUCAAGCUGUAGAAGAUUUUAAGGCUGUACAAUUUUUAUCUAACUGUGUCCAGUUAAGCAGUCCUCUCUCUGUUAUCUGUGAUGUGAUUUCCAUGUGUGGACAUCUUAUAAGACUAGAACCAGAAAACCUCACCAUAGUUAAAAGUGUCUUCCUAGGAAUGAAAGGCGACUUUGAACCUUUACACAUCAUGCUUACUCAUCAUUCUGCUGCCGUGAGGUCCAGGAUCUGUAGCCUGAUAGGGAACCUCCUCAAACACAACAACUACUUCUACUCCACCCUCAAACAAAAGGAAAAAAUAUUUAUUGCACUGUCAAAGUGUUUAAAAGAUGAAGAUCCCAAUGUGAGAAAGGGAGCCACUUAUGCUAUUGGCAAUGCUGCAUUCCACUCAUCAGAGCUGUACAUGAAGCUGAAGCCAGUGAUUCCAACAUUGGUGGAGUUGCUACGGGAUCCUAUGGCCAAAACUAGGUCAAAUGCUGCCAGUGCCUGUGGCAAUUUUGGAAUUCAUUCCAAUGUUCUGGUGUCUGAUUUGAAGAAAUCCAAAGUUGUUGUCAGGUUAUUAGACUUAGCCUGCCAUGAGCAGCAACAGAGUGUUCAGAUUAGUGCAAUACUGGCCCUGAGGAGUCUCACCAAGCUGGACGAUCUGAGGAAGGAGAUGAUUACCCAAAAUGCCAUAGACAAAUUGAACAACGUUACUGUGGCCAACACACCGCGCCCUUCGUCCUCCAUUAUGUCACACUCUCACCUGGUACAAGUCAACAGAAGUGUCCACAGCAGUCACGGCCAGGGUAACGCCACCGUACACACACACUGUAGCAAGCUCGUCAAAGUAUUACAAGGAAAAACAUGAUGCUACAAACCUGAAAGUAAGCUCGUCAAAGUUUUACAAGGCAAAACAUGAUCUUACACACCUGACAGUGAAAGAAACUUGCUGGUCUAGCUGCGAGGCCAAAAAUAUGUGAUCUCAAGCA